GUGGUGGUGUUGGUUGCACUGGGCAGCACAGUUCUGUUCUGAGCUGCUUGUCAGCUGAAUGCUCAUAUCUCUGAGACACGGACAGGGUAACAUGCACCGAUCUUACCAGCCCGCGGUACCGACCUGCAAUAGGUAUCUGCAGCAGAGAUGGGACCAGGCGGAUUACCAGCAACACAAGAGCAAGGUGCAGAAAGCCACUCCUACGGUGGACACAACUGGCCCUCAGAUGCCUGCCCAUCUCCAAGUCAAACUCAAAAAACUACAGCUAGAGGAGGAGCGUUUGGCCCAAAUAACGAGAGAUAAUCAGAUCCUUUCGUCCAAACUGGCCGACAUAGUGAACUCCAAGGGGACGGUGCAGAACUGGAACAGCUACUCGUGUAAAAGUCUGAAUGUGGAGAAGCGGCAGAGAGAGCAAGCGCGGAUCUCACAGGAAAACCAAGCCACUCUGCAGCGCAUUGUGGCCUGUGAGUCCGAGUACAGCCAGGCCAGGCUGCGGGGGGAGUGGGAGAGAGUCCAGAGACUGCGGAGUGACAUCGGCCGAUACCCCCGCAGACCCCAAGCCCAGCAGGAGAGUAAGAAGAAGAAAAUCUGCAUGGGAGAGGAGGAGCGGACGGUGAGUGGAGAAAGCUCUGGGAGUGAGCAGGAAGAGAAGAACACUGAGGACAGCAGCACUGAGGAGUGAAGUCAAUGUAACUCAAGCCACGAACAGCCAGCACAUAACCAUCCUGCAUAACUCACUCCGGAUCAGCCAGCUUGUUCUAAUACAUGUCAACAUUUUCUGACACAUUCAGAUGUCUCAAAGUACUUUACAGAAUAUA